AUGCGCAGCAGCAGUAUCGAUGCAGAGGGCGAGGAAGACGAUCUGGACAUGCCCGAAACCCAGUCGCCUAGCCUUCAGAAUGAUGCUCCCGAAGAUCAGGACGACGAUGAAGAUGAGGAAGACGACGAGGAAGACGAAGAUGCCGACGCGGACCAGGACGACGACGACAGCGAGAUUGUCGGUGCUGUCAAGAGAGCUCCCACGAGGACGAGGACAUUAAGAGCUAGGAAAAGUCGCGACAUGGAGUCUAGCGAAGACGACGACUCUGCAUCCGACGGCGAGAAUGAUUCCGACUCGUCUGACGAGUCGGCCGCUACUCAGGCACCUUGGGAGAAAGAAAGCGACACUGCUCAAGAACAGGACCAGGACGUUGUGACAGACUCGAUAUGCGUGUAUUGCGGACAGGACGAAGAAAAUGAUCCGAGCGACGAAUAUGAAGAAUAUCUCGAAUGCGGUCAUUGCGGGGAUCACGCUCAUAAGCAAUGCGCCAGAAACGCUAAUUCGCUUAGCUCCGAUCAGGACAAAAAUCCUCGAACCUGGAUGUGUCAUGAUUGCGUGGGAAAUGGAUUCGAGCUUCAACAAGAUGUUGACAAGAUGACCAUCAACGAUGGCUCUCAACGUCGAUCAUCUGUGCCCAAGCUAGCUCGCGAUCUCUUGCCUGCUGUUCGUGGAGGUAUCAAACCAAACUCACAUUCAGUCUUCAACAAUCUCAUUCUCGAUGAUGACCCGAUGGAUGGUUCCCGCUCCCUUAGAAAACGCAGGAUAUCUUCCGUCGAGGCGGAUGAAUCAACGCAACGAGCGACGUCACGGAAGAGAAGACGAUCAACGGCAUCUGAAAGCCAGACUAACAUUAAUGUCACUCCGAGGGAUGCAGUGAAGGAGCAGAACACGUCGACGCGAAGCAGUGGCUCGGCGGAAAGUGAGAAGUCUUCCAACACACGCGCAAAUCGACUUCGGAAACAGCCUCAGUCGGGCACAAACGCAAGGAUUGUUUCCGCAGAGACAUACGACGACCAGCCCAAAAGUCUCGUUGUUGCCAUUCCCAUCAGCGCUGCCGCCCUCGAGAACAUUGAGCGCAACGCACAGAGAAAGGCUCGAAGGCGCGAACGCGACAGAGCGCGUCGAGCACUGAUGGGUGGCCGAAAAAAGAAGUCUGGCGCGCAAGGCGAUGUUUCUGAAGUAGUCGAAACGACUUCCUCACACUAUCCUGCUGUCGCUACAACGCUAUACGACAAUCCUUACUACCCCUUCCCGGACCGCGAACUGGACACUGUGCAGGGCAAACCCUUUGGUGGUAUCCUCACUGAUGCUGAGGCUGACACAACCAAGACAUUCCCUCAACAGGCCGACCGCGAUCUUUUCGAAGAGUCACGCCGGCAGGCCGACGAGGCUAGAAAGGCCGAGCAAGAAGCUAAUCCAAUCGAAUUGCCAUCCAGAUCAAAACAAUCUGGACUACCAACCAAGAUCAAAUACAUUCACUUUGGCGGCUGGGAGAUUGAAACACUGCAUGCUGCGCCCUACCCCGAAGAAUACAAUCGUAAUCCGAUUCUGUGCAUUUGCGAGUUCUGUCUCAAGUACAUGAGCUCGUCUUAUGUUGCGUUCAGGCACAAACUCAAAUGUCCACACAAACAUCCUCCAGGCGACGAAAUCUACCGCGACGAUAUCAUUGAUGCCGACGGCAACAAGAAGAGCAUUUCAUUCUUCGAAGUCGAUGGUCGACGCAGCCCUCUCUAUUGUCAGAAUCUGUGUCUACUGGCCAAGCUGUUCCUCGGGUCGAAGACCCUCUACUACGAUGUUGAGCCUUUCCUCUUCUAUGUCAUGACGGAGAAUGACGAAUUUGGUUGCCACUUCGUCGGUUACUUUUCCAAGGAGAAGCGCGACUGGGCAGGUGCUAAUUCUAUCGACCCGCCUGGCAACAACGUCUCCUGUAUCCUGGUCUUCCCUGUUCAUCAGCGGCACGGAUUCGGUCGGACACUGAUCGAGUUCUCGUAUCUACUGACUCGCGUUGAGGGAAGAACGGGCUCUCCGGAAAAGCCACUGUCGGACUUGGGUCUUGUUUCGUACCGCUCGUACUGGCGUGGUGUCAUGUGCAGAUUACUCCUCGGCUACAAGGAAGCGCCCAGAGGCUCAUAUGACAUCUCCUUCUUGAGCAUGGCUCGCGCUACAGGCAUGACUAUUGACGACGUCGUCUCAUCACUCGAAGCUCUACGCGCCAUCGUCAAGGAUCCCGUCACCAACAAGUAUGCUCUUCGUUGCGACUGGGCGUACAUGGCGGAAUAUUUGGAGAAGCAUGACAAGAAA